AUGCUUACAACUCCUCUCCGCAUCCAGGACGGUGCCUCCAAAAUCUGGGGUCACGAAUGGCUCGAGUUUGAAGACGACUGUGGCUCCCAAUGGCGUCAAUGGAUCACUCGUUUCGGUCCCAAUUUUAAGAUCAAGGGUGCUUGGGGUCAUCAUGACAUACUCUGUGUCACUGACCCAAAGGCCAUUGACCGCAUUCUUUGCAAGAAUGCGUACAACUACCCUCAUUCAGCUGUGUUUAGACCCAUUAUUGAGCGCCUCACUGGACGUGGUAUAGUCUGGGUCGAGGGCGAGCACGCUCACAAGCCUAUGCGCGCACUCCUCGCCCCUGCAUUUACGCUCGACCGCAUCCGCGCAAUGGGUCCCGACAUGUGGCUCGCAGUCAAUAAUGUCGUUUCUCGUCUACAAUCUCAGAUCGAAUCCCAUGGUGGUGUCCGAGACGUCAACAUGCUCGACUGGACGGCCACUUCGACUCUCGAUGUAAUUGGUCGUGUCGCAUUUGCACACGACUUUCAACAAGGUCAAAGCCCCGAGGCUCGCUCGAUUAUGGAAGGCUGGCGUAAGCAAGCCAAUCUCGGCAUGGUCUGGGAAGGUUUUCUUGCUCUCCUCGCACUUCGGCAAUUCCCUUGGAUCGGCCAACUUCCUCUCCCCUCUAUCAAGGCUCAGAGCAACAUUAAAAACACGAUCAAGCCACUCGCCAACAAGCUCAUUCAGCGAGGUGUUUCGGAUAUCGACAAUGGCCGAGAUCUCCUCUCGAUUCUUUUGCGUGCGAACCUCGGUGAAAAGCAAGAGAAGCGCAUCUCUGACGACGAACUCCUUGACCAUAUCGUCACCUUUGUCAUCGCUGGCCAUGAGACCACCUCUGUCGUCCUCAACUUUACGCUCUACAUGCUCGCUCAGCACCCAGAAGUUCAACGCAAGUUGCGCGAAGAGGUCAUGAGCACCGAUAGGGAGUCUACUUUCGACGAGCUUUGGUCCAGCGAAAACUUCCCUUAUCUCGACGCCGUCACUCGCGAAGGUUUCCGACUCUUCCCUCCCUCUGCACGCAACGAAAAGGUGGCUGAAAAGGACGAUAUUCUUCCGCUCGCCACGCCCAUUGUCGGUACCGACGGUCGCCUUAUCCACGAGAUCCCGAUCAAGGCCGGUCAGGUUAUCCACAUCCCCGUUGUAGCUGUCAACCGAUUCUCUUCUGUCUGGGGUGAUGGCGAUAGCUUCCGUCCAGAGCGCUGGAUUGAGAAGAGCGGCACUCCAGACGGAAAGUUCUUGCCUGGUGCAUGGAGUGGUAUGCUCACCUUCCUUGUGGGCGCUCGAAGCUGCCUCGGCUACCGACUAGCCGUCUUUGAGAUGAAGAUUCUUAUCAUGGCCUUUAUCCGCGCGUUUGAAUUCGGAAGUCAUUGA